CAGAUGAACACAAAGCAACGACCGCUAUGAUUAUGUAAGUAGGUGGUGAGAAUGCGGCACAGAAGCGGAUACGACAACGGCGGCGGCGGCUAGCAUGGCGGCUCUGCUGUUGUUGGUGACAACCACGGCCGCCGCUAGCCUCGGCGAUCUAGCGAGACGGGAUACCGGCGACGUCUUCACACUUAUCGGUAGUGAAUGUGGUGCGGCGCAGUGCGCGGAACACGGCGCGGGCGCAGCGGUGGUACGCGAUGCGACUGCCGUCGGCUGCGCGUGCGCGUGUCCACAGCGCGCGCCGCUCUUUCGAGAAGAUCGAGAGCUAUGCGUUGAUGAUUUGCCAGAAUGUUCUUUGGCGACCUUUGGAACUGGAAGCGGCAAGCAAAGGAUUCCAUUUGUCUAUUUACCGCUUAAGGGUCAAAUCAUACAUCCAUCACGAGAAAUUACCUUUCACAAUGUCAAGACACCAGUAUGUGCGGUUUCCGGGGCUCAAUUUUUAACUCGUAAAGGCUUCUUGGAUCUACGCAACACACUCGACGCUGAUGUGCCAUUUAGUUUAUUUCGAGAUGAAGGAAGAACUUUUCUACAGUGGAGUGGUGAAGAUGAAAUGCGAACGCGAAUGUCUGGCCGCGUUAUGGUGGUCCGUUUGUUAUGUCGAGAUAUAUCAGCCACGCCAAUAUCACCCUUGGACCUACGGGGUGUGUUUACACCAUGUGUCGCUUUUCGUGUACAAGGAACACCACCAAGACAUAGCAACAAUAUAACCGAAGUACAGUUCGCUCCAAAUGCGCAGACAUCAGAAGCAUCUGGUUCAUCAGGUCUAUCGGUUACAGAAUAUAUUGUAAUUGGUAUUAGUUCUUUACUUCUCGGUCUUAUAUACGUUGCCUCUGUUUUUCUCUACUUGCAUAUAAAGAAACGCCGAAAAGCAUCCGCUGAGGAGGGCAAUUUAAAAAAGCUUAAGGGAUUAAAGAAAGAGGGAUUAUCUAUAACAGACCAUGAUAUAAUACGAAUAAAUAAUGAACGCGUUCAAACAUUGCAAAAUUCUAUGGGCCAAGAUGAAGGUGUCAUCAAGAAAAACCCAUUGCUUACUGCAGUACUUGGCACUCGACAGUUUCAUGAUAAUAAAGGUUUUUCUGGUGAUCUAUCUGAUUCCGAAGAUUUUGCAGAUAGUAGUUUACACAGCGAAGAAAAUGCAUUUAACAAUCAAACAAUAUCUGCAGUGAUACAUAGAAAUUCGAAAGAAAUAAGGCAACAAGGUGAUGGCUACGAAAUAAGUCAUCGAGAUGAACCAAGCAUCGAACGUCUACCAGAUGAGCACGUUUCUAUAGUAGAGACAAUAGAUGACCGUGAGAUCGCUAGACCAGUGGGAACAACACGACGAAAACUCUAUUUCAAUCCGGCUUAUUUUGAACCACAUUUAUUGCAAGACCCUCCAGCUGCCGCGAUUGAAUUUCUUUCAAAAAUUAGAGAAGUGAUUGCAAUAGCAAAGCAAAAAAUGGCAGCAAAGCGCUUCAAUCCAGUUUUAAAUGAAAUACCUGAAGAAGAGACAUAUCCUUCCAAUGGCAAUAGUAUCAAUUUCUACAAUGGCCUAGGUAGUCAGCGCAGUGGUAGUAUAGUUAGUCUAAAAAGAGGUAACAGCAGAAAAAGAUCUAACUGCUUAGGUUGCCCUGGCUGUAAAUUAAAUAACCGUAACAGCGACAAAAAGAACGUAAUUAAAUACAAUUCCACGAAUUGCUCAAACUGUCUUGUCGAUAAAGGUGACAAACAACAUAGCAUUCAAAAAUGGUUGGAAAAUAUACCCAAUAUAAAACAAGAUGUGUUCUACAAUGAUCAUUCAUCUGACCCAAACCACCAAAAUUUUAUAAAUUCUCAUUUCUCGCAAACACACACCGACAGCUCUUGUAAGUUACAGAAGCACAACAGUUUUUGUGCAUCUUUCAGUAUGAAUUUAACAGACGAUGUAAUACCGCAACGGAGACCUACGUCUAGAUCUGUUGGAUCAGAACCAUCUAUAAGAAAUUACAACAUUCCUUUACCAAAUUUUAAUAGUCUUGAGGCCAGUAAUAGUACUUGUGAAAUAAUCUCACAGAAAUGUGAAAGUAGCAGACGAAACAGAAACACAAUGAAAAACAAAAAUGCAUUACCCGAUAUGGUAAAUGAAGCGAUAGCUCUUGAUAAUUUUUCACGAUCGCCAUAUAAUUUAAGUAGUUCAGACGAUGAAAAAUUAAUCCAAAAGAUAGAGGAAAAAGCAGAAGAUGUUUAUUCUAGAAAUAUUUCAGAUAGUCCGUCGGGUAAUGAGUACGAAACAGAUAGUCUAGAAAGAAAUUCAAACCAAAAACGUAAAACAACGCCAAUCGAAUAUCCCGAUCUCCCAUCAUCCCAAGCAAGUCCAAGCUUAAGCAAUGCUUUACCGUUAGAAGAAGAACUUACCAUGAGAAACGCUAUUUAUAAAACUAACUCGAGCGGCAAUAGCCUCACUCCAUCUCCCGAAGGCGAUAUAUGUAUAGAUGAUGAUCAUUAUGAAACUAUAGGUAUAAAUAAAACAAUUUUACAGAAUAUUUCUACUGCUGAUUUAACUCAAAAGCAGAAUAACAGUUAUAGUUUAGUAACUGAAGUAUACGUAAACAAUAGCUACAAUUUCGAUAGUACACCUACAUCACCAAGUAGUUCUGAAUGUUCUAUGGGAAGUAGGAAAUUAAUGGCAUUAGAUAAUACAGAGGAGAAACCAGGAUGUUUAACUAUAGAAGUAAAAGAUCCACCAGAAAACUAUAUUCGAAUUCAUGAAUCUGAUGGAUUCGAGCCGGACACUUUGGAUCGCAAACAUCCUAAACAUAAAGAAAUAAUAGAAAAUAUUCAAUUCAGCCGAAGGGAUCUUUUGCAAAAUAUUGAUAACACUGAAGACAAAAGUCAACGCAUACAACUUAGAAGUAGCGGUACUUUUACCAAGGGCAACAGCAAAAUUGAAUCAAUAAAUAAAUUUAAUAGUUUGAGAAAUGAUAAUGAAUAUCAAAGCCGCACCAAACUAUCAUCUGAAAUAUAUAGCGGGUCGAAGUCUCUAGAAGAAACAACAGAUGACAAUUGGGAUAAUACAUCCGAGGAAGGUCGACUGCUAACUCUAGAAUUGAGACAUUCAAAGAGGCAACGUCAGUGCACUCCACCUACUAUUAAACAACUUAAAAGUUUAGCUCGACCUGAUAUAUUACCACCUUUACCACCAACGGAAGACAGUCCUAUUUACGAAAAACCAACAGGCCCGCCAAGGCGUGUUCAAUGUGACAAUAUAGGAGUACAACUUAAUAGUGUACACUGUAGAAGUCUCAGUCCAAGAAAAUUUAUAACAAAUACAACAGAGUCUGAUAAUUGCGGGAAUUUAUCUCGUAAUAGCACAGCUUCUGUGCCUUCCUGCAGUCCAAAUAGAGGACUAGACCAGGUACAGUAUGCUGAAUAUGAAGAUAUUAACCUUAUUAAAAAUACCAAAAACGAGACUAAAGUAGAUAAGGGAAGGGGCACCAUAAGAACGUCCAGUUGUCGUAAUAGUGGAGUUAAUACUAACACUUUCAUACGAGGACAGAAAAGCGAAUACAGAACGAAAUUUCGCCGCAAAAAAGGUUCGAACAUCGAUGAUUCGGGCUAUCUCAGUAGCGAUUCCACAAGUUCGAAACAAGUGCCUAGAAAACUUGUGAUUGCGAAAAUAGCCAGUUGUAGUGAAAGCGACGGUACCGAGGACGAGGCUAGAAGUGAGUCUGGUGCUGAAAGUAUAGAAACUCACUCAGUUUACUUCGGUAACUGUCAAAAACAGCAAAGUGAUGAAAAGAACUCUGUUAAAAUGUUGAGUGACAGUAAGAGAAAAAUAAAAGUGAUAAGUGAAAGCAAUAACCAGUAAUGUUGUGCAAUAAAACGAUCAGUGUGCAAUAAUACCAAUCAUAGAAUAGUUCAUUAGUUAUAAUUUAUAAAAUUUUAUAUAAUGGAUACUUAGUAUUAUAAAUAAUAUAUCCCUAACAUAAUUAUAUGAUAAGUUAGUUGUAAUAAAAACGAAUGGCCGGAAG